ACAGACGCAGCUCUCGCGAGAGCGCGCGAAGUGGCAGCGAUGGCUGCGACUGGAGCAGGUCCUGGCCCUGGAGUGGCCUCCGGUAGUGGUGCAGGAGCGCCUGCAAGUGCCACAGCGGCAGAAGAGGCAGAGACGGAGCAGGUGGCCGCUGGGGCCGGAGAGGGGCCGUCUGCUGCUCCGGGAGCGGAGCCCAGCUCUGCAGAGGCUGAGAGUGGGGAUGCAAACUUGGUUGAUGUCAGUGGUCUGGAGACAGAAUCUUCUAAUGGAAAAGAUACUAUAGAAGGCGCCGGGGAUACUUCAGAAGUGAUGGAUACCCAGGCUGGCUCAGUGGAUGAAGAGAAUGGGCGACAAUUGGGAGAGGUGGAGUUGCAGUGUGGAAUAUGUACAAAAUGGUUUACAGCUGACACCUUCGGAAUAGACACGUCAUCAUGUCUACCUUUUAUGACCAACUACAGUUUCCAUUGCAAUGUAUGCCAUCACAGUGGGAAUACCUACUUUCUCCGGAAGCAAGCAAAUUUAAAAGAAAUGUGCCUUAGUGCUUUGGCGAACCUAACAUGGCAGUCUCGAACACAGGAUGAACAUCCAAAAACCAUGUUCUCCAAAGAUAAGGAUAUUAUACCAUUUAUUGAUAAAUACUGGGAGUGUAUGACAACCAGACAGAGACCUGGAAAAAUGACUUGGCCCAAUAACAUUGUUAAAACAAUGAGUAAGGAAAGAGAUGUGUUCUUGGUAAAGGAACAUCCCGACCCAGGAAGCAAAGACCCGGAAGAUGAUUAUCCCAAAUUCGGACUUCUGGAUCAGGAUCUUAGUAACAUUGGUCCUGCUUAUGACAACCAAAAACAAAGCAGUGCUGUGUCUGCUAGUGGGAACCUAAAUGGGGGAAUCGCAGCAGGAAGCAGUGGGAAAGGAAGAGGAGCCAAGCGUAAACAGCAGGAUGGAGGGACAACAGGGACCACCAAGAAGGCCCGAAGUGACCCUUUGUUUUCUGCUCAGCGUCUCCCCCCUCAUGGCUACCCUUUGGAACACCCAUUUAACAAAGAUGGCUACCGGUAUAUUCUAGCUGAACCUGAUCCUCAUGCCCCUGACCCAGAGAAGCUUGAACUUGACUGUUGGGCUGGAAAACCUAUUCCUGGAGACCUCUACAGAGCCUGCUUAUAUGAACGAGUUUUGUUAGCUCUACAUGAUCGAGCUCCCCAGUUAAAGAUCUCUGACGACCGGUUGACUGUGGUUGGAGAGAAGGGCUACUCCAUGGUACGGGCCUCCCAUGGGGUACGAAAAGGUGCCUGGUACUUUGAAAUCACUGUGGAUGAGAUGCCACCAGAUACUGCUGCCAGGCUGGGCUGGUCCCAGCCCUUGGGUAACCUUCAAGCUCCCUUAGGUUACGAUAAAUUUAGCUAUUCUUGGAGGAGCAAAAAAGGAACCAAGUUCCACCAGUCUAUUGGCAAACACUACUCAUCUGGCUAUGGACAAGGAGAUGUCCUAGGGUUUUAUAUCAAUCUUCCCGAAGAUACAGAGACAGCCAAAUCACUGCCGGAUACUUACAAAGAUAAGGCUUUGAUAAAGUUCAAGAGUUACUUGUAUUUUGAAGAAAAAGACUUUGUGGACAAAGCAGAGAAGAGCCUAAAACAAACUCCCCAUAGUGAGAUAAUAUUUUAUAAAAAUGGUGUCAAUCAGGGUGUGGCUUACAAAGAUAUUUUUGAGGGAGUUUACUUUCCGGCCAUCUCUCUGUACAAGAGCUGCACGGUUUCCAUUAACUUUGGACCAUCCUUCAAAUAUCCUCCAAAGGAUCUGACUUACCACCCUAUGAGCGACAUGGGCUGGGGUGCUGUGGUAGAACACACACUGGCAGAUGUUCUGUACCAUGUGGAGACAGAAGUGGACGGAAGGCGCAGUCACCCUGGGAGCCCUAACCCAUCCUCGCUUCACACAGCUUUCUGUGGAGUAAUACUGGGUUUUUGCUUUUGUUUAUCAAGUGUCAAAUGUUCUUCCAAAGAUGCUGCAAUACACUUUUUGUCGAGGUCAGAGAGUCUGGUGGGUGGGACUGCAGCAGAUGCCCUGCCCUUCACCACUACCCCCCACUUGCAGCUACCACUCUUACUUUGUGAGUGCCAUAAGUCAACAGCUGCUGAUUCCGAAGGGCCCACAGGCUCCCUGUGAAACUGGUGCUGUACCACAUAACUGCCCUUGCAGGUAGUGUAUUAAAGAUGUCUGUGUCCCUCCUGGUUUCUGAAGAGGCAUACUUGUUUCUGAGAGUGGCUGGAAUCAGUGGCAGUACAUUCCAAAGCAGUCUAAAAGCUAUCUUUUUUUGGUGUGGAGUUUGGGGAUCUGUGAAGCUAGUGGGUUUCUACGAACUGUAAUUGUGAAAGGAAUUUGCCUGCAGGUUUAACAGUUAGAUCUUUUCUCCAAUAAAACUUGUUUUCAAGCUUG